GCUCGUUGGCUGUAUGUGAGCAGAGCAUCUUUUAUGCCCAAAGCCAUAGCCCCCCCUAAGUUGAUGUUUUACAGAAUUCAGAGGGUCAUUUCUAAACCACUAUUUCACUCAGUGAGACAGCUUUUUUUGCCCCGCAGUUCCCGAAAAUUGACCUCCAAGAUGGCUUUCCAGUAUCCACACGCUUACCGUGACGAUGCAGUUGUGGAUGACUAUCAUGGCCACAAAGUGCCAGAUGCGUACAGCUGGCUGGAGGACCCGGACAGUGAAAAAACACGGGCCUUUGUCAGUGCUCAGAACCAGCUGACUUUGCCAUUUUUAGAGCGCUGUGAGGUGCGAGACCUGUUCAAGAAUCGCAUGACUGAGCUGUAUGACUACCCCAAGUAUAGCUGUCCCUUCAAGAGGGGGAGCAGGUACUUUCACUUCUACAACUCAGGUCUCCAAAAUCAUAGUGUGAUGUAUAUGCAGGAGAGCCUGGAUGCCGAGCCCAUAGUCUUCUUGGAUCCAAACACAUUUUCUGAUGAUGGGACUGUUGCCCUCCAAGGCUAUGCAUUCUCUGAGGAUGGGGAGUACCUGGCGUAUGGCACAAGCGCCAGCGGGGCAGACUGGGUGGAGAUCCACUUUUUGCAAGUUAAAGGUGCCAUCCCUCUGGAGGACCACCUGGUGCACGUCAAGUUUAGCUGCUUGUCCUGGACUCAUGAUGGGAAGGGGAUUUUCUACAACACCUACCCCACCGAGGAUGGCAAGAGUACUGGCAAAGAGACCUACAGCAAUGUGAACCAGAAGCUGUACUACCAUGUUUUGGGGACUCCACAGUCUAAGGAUGUACUGUGUGCUGAGUUUCCUGAACACCCCAAGUGGAUGAGUGCAGCUGAGGUAUCAGAUGAUGGACGCUACGUGCUGCUGACUCUCAGGGAAGGCUGUGAUCCUGUCAAUAGACUGUGGUAUUGUGACCUUCAGACCAUUCCCCAGGGUAUUACAGGAGUUUUGCCGUGGGUGAAACUAAUUGACAACUUUGACGCUGAGUACGAAUACGUGACCAAUGAGGGCACGCUGUUCACAUUCAAGACCAACUUGGACGCCCCACGUUACCGCCUCAUCAACAUCGACUUUGCCUCCCCUGACCAAAGCAACUGGAAAGAGCUCAUUCCUCAGCAUGACAAAGAUGUUAUUGUGUUCGCCACCUGUACGUACUCCAGCUACCUGUUUGUUUGCUUCCUUCAUGAUGUCAAGAACGUGUUGAAAAUGUAUCAGCUGAGCACAGGGGAGGAGCUGAGGACCUUCCCCCUUGACGUCGGCUCUGUGGUGGGUUUCACGGGGCGCAAGAUCGACUCUGAGAUCUUCUACUAUUUCACCUCCUUCCUCUCCCCAGCCAUCAUCUACCACUGUGACCUGACUAAGCAGCCGCUGCAGCCCCACGUCUUCAGAGAGGUCACCGUCAAAGGCUUCAACCCCUCUGACUACCAGACCAUCCAGAUCUUCUAUCCCUCCAAAGAUGGCACUCAAAUCCCCAUGUUUAUUGUUCACAAGAAGGGCAUCAAAUUGGAUGGCUCCCAUCCAGGUUUUCUGUACGGCUAUGGUGGUUUUAACAUCUCCAUCACACCAAGCUACAGUGUCUCACGACUCAUCUUUGUCAGACAUAUGGGGGGAAUCCUGGCUGUUGCCAACAUUCGAGGAGGAGGGGAGUAUGGGGAGACCUGGCACAAAGCUGGCAUGUUGGCCAGCAAACAGAACUGCUUCACUGACUUCCAGUGUGCAGCUGAAUAUCUCAUCAAGGAGGGAUACACUUCUCCUUCCAAGCUGACCAUAAAUGGAGGCUCUAAUGGUGGCCUGCUUGUAGCGGCCUGUGCAAACCAGCGGCCUGACCUUUUUGGCUGUGUGGUGGCUCAGGUGGGCGUCAUGGACAUGCUGAAGUUCCACAAGUUCACCAUCGGCCACGCCUGGACCUCAGACUACGGUUGUUCAGAUAACAAAGAACAGUUUGACUGGCUCAUCAAGUACUCCCCACUUCAUAAUGUCCGCGUCCCAGAAGACAACGGGGUCCAGUACCCCGCGAUGCUCCUGCUAACAGGGGACCAUGAUGACCGCGUGGUGCCUUUCCACUCCCUCAAGUACAUCGCCACCCUGCAGUACGUUGUAGGCCGCAGCUCCAAGCAGACGAACCCCCUGUUCAUCCUCGUGGACACAAAGUCAGGCCACGGCCAAGGCAAGCCCACCAACAAGGUCAUCCAGGAGGUGGCAGACACCUACGCCUUUAUCGCUAAAUGUCUCAACAUUUCCUGGGUCAAAUAAGCUGACCCCCCCCCCUCCCCCCAAAAAAAUGUGUGAGUGUGUGUAUGUGGGUUUUUUUGGGUUUGUUUGUUUGUUUUGUUUUUUUCCCGAAAUCCUUGUUAAAAUGCUGUUCACAUGGUUAUAAAGGUUACAAACCAGGUUUACACUUACAGGAUCUUUAAACUCAUGUUAACCCAGCUACUCAUACUGUAUCCUCUUUUUCUUUUCUCUGUGUUUGUGCAAUUUCAUCCUUCCCUCUCUCCCCUGAGACACAAGUCUAAGCCAACUUGCAGCACUUAUAGCUAUCAUGUAGGCCUUGUUUGUAGUUCUAAUGAGGUAAAAGAAUGUCUACAUUAUCAGUGAUGAGUGUCAUCAUUACAGUAAUCAUCCAGCCUGCAGUUACAGUGAUGAGGCCAUAGUGGCAAGUGUUUAUUUGUAGAUUAUCUCUGAGUCCUCUGGGUGCUUCAGCCCGAUGCAUAUUAUUUAUUUUUCAUUUGCGCUAAGGAUGGAGGCUGUAAGAUGUCCAGUGAUUUCAACGUGCAGAUCUGACAAGACAGCACAGUGCAAAUGAUGUUCCCAGUCGACAGAGAGUGCAGAAAUUUGCAAAAAUAAAAAACCCUGAUAAUGAUUUCUACCUCUUGACAUGUUCUGAAUGUUUACCUGUGAUGGGGAACAGAACACAAUGCCACAACUACAAUAAACAACUUUUUACACAGUGA